UAACUGAUAGCUUCGUAUGAUAUUUACAGCACCUUUGUCCGAGGAAUUCUUUCAAAAAUGUCGUACCGACUUCUACGAGUGUCCUAAGAAUGUCCUCGCACAGAAUGUAUGUACUCGAAUAGAUCCAUUCGAAGCUUGUAUGUCUCGGAGAGCACUCGAGAACACUCAGCAUGUUUUCACUUACAAGAUUGAAAAUGAAGGCAAACCUCUGACCAACCAGAAAAGUUCGGGUCGCUGCUGGCUGUUUGCAGUUCUCAACUGCAUUCGAAUUCCGUUCAUUAGGCAGUACAACUUGGACGAAUUCGAAUUCUCCCAAGCCUACCUGUUCUACUGGGACAAGAUCGAGCGAGCAAACUACUUCCUGAACAACAUCGUCGACACGGCUCGACGAGGCGAGGAAGUCGAUGGUAGAUUGGUUUCAUUUCUGCUGUCUGAUCCUACCUGUGACGGUGGCCAAUGGGAUAUGCUGGUCAAUUUGAUCAACAAGCAUGGACUGAUGCCGAAAAAAUGCUUCCCAGAGAGCUACAGCUGUGAGGCGAGUGCACGAAUGAAUUCGGUCAUCAAAAGCAAGCUUCGCGAAUACGCUAAGUUAUUGCGAACACUAAUUGCAGACGGCGCCAGUGACGAUGACGUUCAGGCCGAAAUCCAGAGACAGAUGAAUGAAGUUUACAAUGUAGUAGGCAUCUGUCUUGGUAUUCCCCCGGAAAAAUUCACCUGGGAAUACUACGACAAGAGUAAAAAAUAUUUAAGUAUUGGACCAAUCAAACCGACUGAUUUUUACGAAAAGUACGUAAAACCGUACUUUAAUGUGGACGAUAAGGUGUGCUUAGUGACAGACCCUCGUUCAAGCAACCACUACGGACGAUCCUAUACUGUGGACUGCCUUGGUAACGUUGUUGGGGGCCGACCGGUGCUGUACAAUAAUCAACCUGUAGAAACCUUGCUGGACUUAGUGACAAAGGCACUGAAACUUGGAGAGCCAGUCUGGUUUGGCUGCGAAGUGAGCAAACGAUUUGCCGGAAAACAGGGCAUUGAGGAUUUAGACAUUCACAACUUCAAGCUAGUAUUUGGAGUUGAUAUACAAACAACUAUGGAUAAGGCGGAUCGUCUCUUGUAUGGUGAAUCAAUGAUGACUCACGCAAUGGUGUUCACUGGAGUUUCUGUUGAUCCAAACACUCAGCAACCGACCAAAUUCCGUGUCGAAAACUCCUGGGGCGAAGACCGUGGCGAGAAAGGUUACCUUGUCAUGACGGCUGACUGGUUCAAGGAGUUCGUGUUCGAGGUUGUCGUCGAUCGCAGCAUAGUUCCGCAGGAUGUUUUGGACGUGUUCGAUUUAACCCCGACGGUACUGCCAGCGUGGGAUCCAAUGGGAACAUUGGCAAAGUAAUUUUCCCCCUCAAUUUCGGCAUCACUUUAUCUAACCUUCUCUUUCCACUACACAUUAAACUGCACGAGAUAUUCUUUCUAUUGAAUAACGCAAGGAAAUAAUCACGAUAUUCAAAAGCAUACACAAAACGCAAAGCGCAAAUAAAAUGCAUGUUUCUGUUGCCUUUCUCAUAUGAAAUGAGACUAUUAGACUUGUCGUUAGUGUCUACGCCUAUGAAUCAAAGUAUCAUCCGUUAACAUCAUCGGAAAAUGGGUAAUCUAUAGAUAUGUCGUGUAAAAUAUACUGGCGAGGUGGAGUUCACAGCUUUAACCAACAUUAGCUAAAUACCUUAACAUCCUUCGCUUGAAAUAGAUCGCUUCGUUUGAAAUUAAGAGUCCAAACUUUGCAACAUGUAAUUGCACAGUUUGGCUACAUAAACUCCUACGUUUACUGAUUUAUUGUCGACCUGUCAUCUUCGAGUUUGAUACACUCUUCGAAUGCAAGCUGAACGCACGUAACAAUCACAACAUAUCGAUCUGAAUACAGAGAUUUAGAGUAAUACUCAGUUGAAAAUUUCAACAACAAGUAUGAUUUAGUUGCUGAAAAUUUGGUUAGGCAUAAGUGGCUGUAAUACAACCGGUUUUAUUCUGUACGGUGGAUACGAAAAUUUAACAGCGUUACAAUACUUAGUUAUAGUAAACAAAUAUUCCUUUAUUUGGUUUUAUCAUUUUGAACAUUCAGUGAAAUUAUUUAGCUUCGCCUUCUAUAUAAUAAAAACAGCAUUUAGAAUCACAAAAUUCUUCAAAAGAUCUUACCAAAAUACGGACUAUAAGCUACUUUAGGUUUUGCGCUAGAGGAAAGCGUAUGAGCUACAGAGAUUUUUGGGUUGGCAUUUUUUCUGAAAGUUUUACUCCCGAGAGGUUUCUAAAAAACAUACUGCCAAAAACAAUUGUCAACGUAAGAACAACAACCUACAAAACCAUCGUGCAGCUUAUAAAACUUUCAUGACACAUCGACGAAUGGAAUGAUGAAUAAGGAAAGCUAUGUCACACUACGGGUUUGAUUUUUCCCCUUUUGCUCUACAAACUCCGGUAGAAGCAGUUUCAAAAACAAAGAAGUAAGUUGAGAUGGAUGCAGCAAAACGGAAAGCAUACCACAGGAAAGAAAACUAUUAUCUAGCUAAUAUGUAAACUGUAUUUAAAUAACUAAUAUAUUGAAUGUCACGGUAAAACAAUAAAGCAAAUCGUGGGGUUGCUUGUAA